UUUUUCCUCCUUAUUCAAGAUUGAUCGGUGGAAGUGGCAUUGAUUGUAUUUCGUAUUUGAUGUCGUCGUCAAGAAGGUCCGUUCCAGACUGAGUAUCUUCUUGCAGAAAGGCUGUGAAUUGAAUUCGGUUUCGUGAAAUUGCACGAUGGUGCUUUGUGGCCCAGCAAGAAAUUGCUUGCUGACCAAGAGUAUUUCUCGACUAUGCGGUACUCAGGCUUCCACGGUUAUUAUUCCUCGCCGAAUCGAGCGAGGGCCGACUGACAUUUUGAAAGCUUUGGCGGCGACCGUUGGUUCGGAUUACACUUCAGCUCAUUACAAGUUCCACGAUGAUCCGUUUCUCACGCCAACUUCAAAUUAUGCAAAGCGAGCCUUCGCAUUGUCGAAGGAGUCCGGAAGAAAAGCGGCUCGGUUCAUCAGAGACAAGCACUCUGAAUAUUUUCUUCAUCGGGAAGCCGAUCCAUUCAUUGAGGCAUGGAAUUCAUUUAUUUCUGCCGCAUUCGCGCCUAAUAUUUCGCUACCGGAAGACCUAAGUUCGAUAACCGAAGCUGAUUUGCUAGUAAGAAUUGAAGCUGGCGAUGUGGAUGAUUGCGCCAAGAUUUACGAAGCUAUGCUGUUGGGAAACAAAGAAAUGAGCAUCGAAGUUCAACAAAAGUUGCUCGAAGUACUGUGUUUCUUCAAUGCACAAGACGCGCAGGACCCAGAAUUCCUCGAAGAGCGUUGGUUUUCUGCGCAGAACCAACCAAAGCAAUCUCGCAAGAAAAUCUGGAGAGAUGGCGGUUUGGCGGAUGAAAUUUUCAAAAGCAUGCCAGAGCCGCGUAGUGCACAAGCUUAUGCAGCGAUCAUCCGUGGAAUGGCAAAGCACCUCCAGGUGGAGAAGGCUUGGCAUUUGUUCGAGGAAACGAAGUCUUUGAGACUUCUUUUGGAUACAGAAACCUACAACGCCUUAAUCCGCGUUGUGAAUUUUUUGAAGGAUAGCAAUGAUCUUCGUUGGCAGCUUGUUACGGAAUUGCUUUCGGAGAUGCGACAAGCUUCCCUGCGGCCGAAUGUCGGCACGUUGAAUGCAGUGAUGGAGGCUCUGACUAGCAUGGGUUCGUGGCGACAGAGAAAGGAAAUCGCUCUUGCCACGCUUGCGGAGUUCACAAAGGUUCUACAUAUUCGCCCAAGCCUUGGCACUUAUGCCCUGUUGCUGAACAUUUUCUACAAUGAUCUUUCAUCUUCAAUGCGUGAAAUCAUCCUCGUUUCUAGCCGGAACUAUUUCCUACUUCUGAAUCAAAACGUGCCGUUUGACGAAUUCAUGAGCGAUUACUACGAGAAGCUGGUGCCUUUCGCU